UAUUCUCAAACACUUAUAUCUUCUUCUGCAUUUUUUUCUUUGAGCUAUAUAACCUUUCGUUUACAUAUUUUCCUUCAAACUAUUCUGUAAGUAUCAAUAAAAAACUAUAUAGUUCUUGUUCUAAUGUCUUCCUCACAUAAUAAUAUUGAAGUUCAACGAGGAUGGAUAUAUAAGCGUAUGGAUCCAUAUCUGCCAAAAGUAUCCAUAGAAUACGAAGUUGGGUUAGAGCAAUUCAAUAUGGUCAUGGAGAGACGCUAAAACCUGCUGCUUACCAACAUCAAGACGGCAAUGAAAAUUAUGAUUACAAUAUAAAUCAAACAGCCGAAACAGAAUGGGAUUAUAAUGCAUACAUGGGAGAAUUUGAUUCUAGAGGAGAAUUCUUCAUGCCACAAACAAGUGGGAUGAGUGGUGAACACUCUGGUGAACCUUUUGUACAUGAUAAUGCUUGGAAAGUUCCUAACUCGGAAGCAGCAAGUUUUUUCGACCGUUUAAACAUGGCAAGUGAACCUCUUGAUGAUAAUUGCGUUGAAGGGUUGUCAAAAUUCUCGUUAGCUGCUGAUGUGAUGCACAUUAAGCCGAACCACAAUCUAGCUGAAACUUGUGUUGAUGAUGUUUCACAACUGAUUCAUAAGAUAUUACCUGAAGGUUUGGUUUUGAUAACCCUCCACGGCGAGCCAUCGUUGCUUCCAUCCGUAGGCACUUUGAUGGAACAUGGUAUAACAUAUCAUCUAUUCCCAAUGAGGCCCUCAUGCAAUGGUGGGGUGAUUUCAUCUUUUUAUUGGGAUGAUGCAAUUGGAGGAGAAGUGUAUUAUUUGUGGUAUCAUGUUAUUGCUGGACGCCUUAGAGACAUGAUCUCGAAGGCUAAAAAUGCUGGUACUAAGCCAGAAUGGAUAAGUGGGGAAAUCUGGGAGACAAUGCAGGAGUAUUGGGGCACCGACGCAGCUAGGAAGAACAGAAAGAUAGCAAGAGAUAAUCGAAUGUCUUGUCGUGAUGGUUUUGGUCCACAUGCUCACACCGAUGGUUCACGAUCCUACGACCAGCUACGAGAGUUAAUACGACAAAAGGAAGGGAUUGAGCCUUCCAUGCUUCGCAUCCUCAGAGAGACUCACCGCAAAGCUAAUGGCACUUAUGUGGAUGAUAAGGCGAGGUCGAUCGAAGAAGAGAUUCAAUGACAGAUUGAUGCAAUCUCUCAAAACUCCGAUGGCGCCUCACAAGAAGAUGAAGAUUGCACAGGUUUGACUCGGCAUGAAGAGGAUGAGCUUUUCUAUAAGGUGGUACCAUCUCAGAAUGGGAGGAUCUUCGGUCUUGGAGGCCAAAACUACAUUCGUGAGCGUGGAGAAAGCUCAGCUGGUGCACUGGAAAGACUCUCUCUUGAAAGUCAACUGACUUCUCUUCAAGCGCAGCUGGCAACUGUUGUGGAACAUAUGAAGCAAUAUAUGCCUCAAGGUGCCUCAAACUCAUCCCCAUCGGCUCAACCAACAAAUGCUACGGGUGCUUCAGUAACCAACCCAGCUCAAGCCAACAACAAGGAUUACUCAUAUGCCAAUCCUGAAGCUAUGACUGGACCUCCGCAAAUUGCUUCUGACACCAAUCACACUCAUCCUACUAAUGUGGUUAAUGAGUCUCAUGAGCAAGAAAACGAUGAAGAUGAAGAUCUUGUAGGUAGUACCCUCCACUAAUGAACUAGUUCUCUCAGCUUUCUUAACAACCUUUUGCCUUACGUCAAAAACUCUACUUUGUAGUCAUUUGGUCUCAAACACUGCUCUUUCUGUUGGUUACAACUCUGCUCUGUUCUGUUGUUUAAAACUCUGCUUUUGUCUGUUAUCUGAUUGUAAAACUCUAUCUAUCUU